AUGACCAAGAAACAUAAUUCAACAACACACACUUCCGCUACCGUCACUGAAAAAUCGUACAGUUCCCCAACCUUGCAUUAUAUUGGCGAUUUGAGCUAUGUCAAGGAUAACAAGGAUAACAAAGUCGUUGAAAAAUAUACCAGACUGAUCUUGGACAUCUCUUUGGUUCAAACUGUUAUGAAGAAGAUUUCUGAGCUGAACUCGAAGUACAAGGAUGCUAACAAUAAGUACUACUUGAUCUUGGAGCAGUUCGUUCAUCUAGUAGACCAACUUUUCUUCGUGGUCAUUAUCCAAAAUGGUAUUCAACAGUUUAACAACGUUUUGGUCAAUGAAAAAAACAAUAAACUUGGUUUAUGGUGCAUCAGAUGGUUCUAUAAGGACUAUCUAUACACUACCUUGUUGCUCAAUUUGUUUUAUAAGCAAUUGUUUUUAUCCUUAAAGAAAGAAAAGUAUGAUGUUUUGAUCAACGAUCUGAAUAAGAAAUAUUCUGAUAAAUUAUCGCAAAAUGACAACAACUUGCCAAAGACAAUUAUCAACACUGGUAUAGAAUUAGGCUCAACCACUAUUAAAAAGAUCAGACAGACUGCUUCUAUCUAA